AUGCUUAGGCUAGGACUCCCACGUUCAGCAAAGGCUGUGCUGGCCAUUCAAUAUCGAAAUACGAUACAUGCAAGUCGAAUCAGCAGACUCAAUAAACCAUCGAUGGGCUUGAAGGCGACAGCAUUCAUGACAUCUCUUCGUUUCAACUCCACUGCCAACACUUCUAACCCGUCGACCGCCAUUUUACCAACCGAUGCAGCGUCAUCUUCCGAAAUUUCCGAUAAAUUAGUUUCUUUCAGCGACUUGGCUGAUAAAGUGCCAGUUACAUCUUUACAUUCUGAUCAGCUUGGAUACUUGAAGUCGAUAGGUAUGGGACAAGGAUGGGGACCGACAGCCAUCAUAGAAAACUUGCUCGAGAUUUGUCAUGUAUAUACUGGCUUGCCAUGGUGGGGUACGAUUGCUGUGGUUACAGUCGGUAUAAGAGUGGUGUUGUUUCCAUUAUAUGUCAGAGCCAGUGCCAAUGCUACCAAGAUGUCUAAAGUGAAGCCUCAAUUAGACCAAAUUAUGAAGGAGAUCAAAGAAGACGACUCUGACUCUGUGCAGAACAAAAUGAAAUUGUUGGAAAAGAGGAAGAGAUUGCUUAAAGAAAACGGUAUUUCAACCAUGGCUUCCUUGGCCCCAAUUGUGCAAUUGCCAUUUGCUUACGGGUUUUUCCAAGCGUUGAGAAAAAUGGCCAACCACCCUGUUGAGGGUUUUGAAGAUCAAGGUAUCUGGUGGUUUGAGAACUUGAGUGCUGUUGACCCAUAUGUUGGAUUACAAGCAAUUGCAGCAGUGGCUGUGAUUGUUGUGGUGAGAAUGGGUGGUGAAACGGGUCAACAUGCGUUGGCUGCCAAUAUGAAAAAGAUCAUGACGAUUGUGCCAUUAGCUUCGAUUCUCAUUACCAAAUCCUUUUCCGCAGCGGUAGUAUUAUACUUUGCAAUCAACUCCUUACUAUCUUUGGCACAAGCUCUAUUGUUCAAGAUGCCAAUGUUGAGAAAGAUGUUGGGUAUGCCACCAAAAUCAACAGCCGCAGAGUUACAACAAGCUAACAAGAAUGCGCCACAGACAACUGUUAAGGAUAUGUUUACCAAUUAUCUUGAGGAUACCAAGAAAAAGAGUGUGAAAAAAGCUAGAGAAGUUGAAAAAAAGAUGAAAGUCACCAAGCAGAGACAAAAUUCUGCCAACGAUGGUUUUAUUAGGAGAAGACAGCAAUAG